UUAUAUGAUUGAAACUCAAACAUGAAAGUUUGUAACUGUGUCUCACGGUGAUUCAGUUAAAAAAAAAAAAGAAGAAAAAUGUGAUCAACACAAUUCAUGACAAAACUCGAUAUUGCUGACAGUACCCAAAAUGCUAAAGCUGAAGAGAAUGCCAUGAAACUGCAUCCUGUUAAUAACUCAUGCUGACCAUUAAGACGGUAGCCUUUUCCUCCCAGGUACAGUACUCAGGGAGCUUUUUCCUUUUCCUUCAGUGUCACAGUUAGGAAUGACAGUAUGGCAACCAGCGAGUUCCAAGUGUUUCUGAUGACCCUUCUGCUGGGCUAGCAGUUGUGCAGCGGGGGAGCUGUUAAGGCCAGCCAUUCGGGAACUGAAGCAGCUGACAUGCGAAAAAGGCAGCAGUCACAGAAUGAAGGAACACCUGCCGUGUCGCAAGCACCCGGAAACCAGAGGCCCAACAACACGUGUUGCUUUUGUUGGUGCUGCUGCUGCAGCUGCUCCUGCCUCACUGUUAGGAACGAAGAAAGAGGGGAAAAUGCAGGAAGACCUGCGCACACCACAAAAAUGGAGAGUAUCCAGGUCCUAGAGGAAUGCCAGAACCCCACUUCCGAUGAAGUCUUAUCCUGGUCUCAAAACUUCGAUAAGAUGAUGAAGGCGCCGGCAGGAAGAAACCUGUUCCGAGAGUUCCUGCGCACGGAGUACAGUGAAGAGAACUUACUUUUCUGGCUUGCCUGCGAAGACUUAAAGAAGGAACAGAACAAGAAGGUCAUUGAGGAAAAAGCCAGGAUGAUCUAUGAAGAUUACAUCUCUAUCCUGUCUCCAAAAGAGGUCAGUCUCGAUUCUCGGGUUAGAGAGGUGAUCAAUAGAAAUCUGUUGGACCCUAAUCCGCACAUGUAUGAAGAUGCUCAACUUCAGAUAUAUACCUUAAUGCACAGAGAUUCUUUCCCAAGGUUCUUGAACUCUCAGAUUUACAAGUCAUUUGUUGAAAGUACUGCCAGCUCUACUUCUGAAUCUUAAUUUUCAUUAAGAGAAAUCAUUUUCAAGGACUGGGAUGGGAAAUAAAAGUAGUUGAGUAACAUCAGAAACUUGAGUUCCCGGAGAACUACAGUUUAGCAUUCCUCCUCAGGCUACUGUGAAAAUCCAACCCCAUGGUCGCUGUCUCCAUUUCUAUCAAGGUUAUCUAUCCAUGGUUAAAUUUGGAGAAAAUACCACAUUACAGUGAAUUGCCAAAUGAAGUUUGUUUUACUCAACAUUCAUUCUACUUGCAAGCAAACUGUAUUUGUAGUUCUAUGAACAGUCUCCUAGUGUAACUCCAGAGACCGCAUGUGCAAAGUCCAACUGCUUCUUUUGCCACGUAGCUGUUGUAAUAUUUAAUCCAAUGGUAUAUCUUAUAUCCGUAUUUAAGGACUUUCGUGCAAUAUGGUCUUAUAGAAAUAAUUGCCAAAAAUGGCUGUGGUUUGCAUUUUUUUAAAUAUAACCUAAAUGAAAAAAAGCCAACUUUUAAUUUAGAAUCAUGGUAUUCAACAUGCUCUAUACUGUGUUUGGUACACUAAUUUUGAAGCCAAUAUUUAUUUACAUGGGAAAAAAAAAGAGCUAUUUAUCUGUUUGUUUCCACUGUUUGUUGGAAAAUCCAAUGGGGAAUUCCUCUGGUUGUUCACUGCCAAAACUGUGGAAUUUUCAUUACAGAAGAGUUAACUAUGUUAAAACAAAAUCAGAAGAAAAAAAGCACAAACCCAUUUGAAGAUAAACUAUCUCAAUGACAAAUCAAUGAAUGAUAUUGUUUUUAAUUGUAACAGAAGAAAAUGAAUCUAUGUAUAUAUCAGAUGUCUUAUACUGCAAUUAAUUUAUUAAAGACUGGCUCUCCAGUUUUGAAAUGGUUGUGUAAAGUAUGUACUUAAGCAAGGAAAAAAAAGUGUCUCAUGACUUAGUUUGGGAAUAUAAACAAAGGACUUAAUAUAGGAAUGCCUACAUGUAGCACUAUAAAAAUAUUUUGAUGAUUAGCAUCUGUGCCAUGGCAUAUUUUUCUUGAAGAUGAAAUCCAGUGAAAAGUUAAGUAUUGAACAAGAGAAGAUUUAUAAGGGUUAAGAAGAUAAUUCUCUACUUUGAAUAUUGACUGUUUUCACGUAGUAUCUAAUGAAUGACUUAUUUUUAAAACCUUAAAAACCAAACUCUUAAUUCUCAUCCAUAAUUUAAAGGCAGUACAGUGCUCAAAUCUUCCAACUGCCAUUUUAUUUUUCCUAAGUACCACUCAAACUUUAAGACACAAUAUUUGUCUGGCAUUGGCACGUUCUUUUUAAUUCAAUGAAACAAAACCCUAGCGUGUGCACACACAAUUGUCGGUGUCAUAUUUCUAUCAAGGUGUUACAUUUGAAUAUUAAUAUCCCUUUGAGGCUAUUUUUUUAAUAUUAAAUAUUGAAUAAUCUAAAAUGAAAAAACUAAAAAUAUUUAUAUCCACUGAGAAUACUGGCCUUAUAUUAAGGAUGAUAUUAAAAUUAUUUGUUUUGUCAUUUUUAACUACCUCUCAUUUUUUUAAUUUAUUAAACAUUUUUAAAAAAACAAGUUUGGGGUUUUCUUUUGAAAUUUCAUUUUCCUUCAAAGGUUGACAUCGUAUGGUUUCUUUUUUCCAUAAACUUAAAACAUUUCAAGAGUUGUUUUUUAGGUGAAUUUGAUUUUCUAACUUGUAUAGAAUUCAGGAGAUAUGACUUUAAGGGCUAUUAACUAUUCCCUAUGCAAAUAUUUUAACUGUUUUAGUGUUUGACAAAAUGGGAUUUUAAAAAAGUCUGCAGAGUAGAAAACAAAAUGUUCUGUUUACACUGGCGUUGCUGACUAUCACAUUCAGCACUUUUAAAUACAUUAUUUAUGAAAAUGUAGUGAAAAUACAAGAUAGAAAAUAUUUAUAAUAAUUACUUUUAAUAAAUGCCUGUUUUUGUCUGAAAGUGUUAGUAUGUUAAGUUAUGCUUUACCCACGUCAAUUAGAUAUUUACUAUUUGAAUCAUAAUUUUUAGUAAUAUGUUGAAAACAAGAUAGCUAUGAAGAUGUUUACAAAGGUCAUAUUUUUUUCCUAGAGUGAAAAAAAAAACCUAGAAGAAUCAUCACUUCUAUUGUGAAGUUCCAUUUCUGAAUAUUUACUUUUCUCUCAAUUAUAAUGGAAUUUAUUAUGCUUCUAUGAUGUAUACACAUAUGUGUUGUGAUAUCAUACUUGUUGCUGUGUUGGAGGCACAAUAAAUUGGUGCACAAUGACUAGAAAUAAGUAAUCUACUAGGAUUCAGAGCAUGCAUCAGUCUUUUAAAAAUGUCGACUUUAUAUUCUUGUUGUUACUAUAUACGAUGGUGACCUGCUAGCUUGUAAGUUAUCUUUAUAAGAUACUGUGAACUAUUAGAUAAAUUGUCUGUUUUGACAAUAUCUUUAUACUUUACCAAAUGUAAAAAGGCCUGUGUAAAGGAGUUCUAAUCUCUAAUGGGCAUUUAUAGAAUACGGAUUUUGAAGUUAGUAUAUCCUUCUGAAACUUGAGUAAGAUGUUGUGUUGAGAAUAAUGAUAAAGCAGAUUGACAUAUCAGAAGUUGAGAACGAGUUAUAUGAGCACUUGCAUGUGAGAGUCUGAUUUUGAGGCAAGGCAAGGGUUUCAAGUUUCUAGGAGUAUGUCUGCAUAUUUGCAACUCUCUGUUUUAAAGGUAUGGUAUAAUUCCUUGUUUAAAAUUGUAGAGCUACAUUGACAAAACAAAACAAAAAAGCCCUCCACUGGUGUCUAAGCUAUCAUUCCAAGAGCACAAUACUUGUUUUGAUAGAAUUUGAUUUUUCCUAGUGAGUGAAUUCCUCCCUGGGGAAAAAAUUAGCACUUUAGAAGGAACACUCUGUGUUUUAGAAUGCCAAGCAAACUUUGUAUGCUGUUAGAAUCAAAUAAUGCACACAGAAAGAUAUUAAUGCUCUUUCUAUUGUGCCUAACCUCAAAUGUGUCUAUACUGGAAAAAGUGUGUAGAUUAUGUAUAAACUAAUAAGCAUCUAUAAAUAAUUUGGAGAGCCAGCCUUUCUUUAAAGAUGAGUGUUGUACAUAGAGCAUAUGAGCAAUGGCUCGACGAUACUUAUUCGCUCUGAAUAAUUAAUUGUAAUUAUGGUACCCAAAGGAAAUAUAGAUAUCCUGAGUGUGAAAGUGUAGCUCUAAGCACAGGUGCCCUGGCAUAAGAUUAAUAACAGCAAAACAUGAUUUUGAUAUUGUUAUGAAGUACAAAAAUCAAAACAAUAAUGUGGCCUUUAAAAAAAAAUCUUAAAAUAUGUAUAUAGGAUGACCAGUUCUGUUUUUUGGUCAUGGUGCAUAGGGUAUUUAUUAGAAUCCUUUAAUGCUGCUUGUGUUCUUACAGAAUGAAAUAUGUAUCAUAUGUUUACCUGAUAGUUUAGCUUUGAAAAAAAGGACUAUAUAGAUAGGAAAAUAAUGUUUAUUAGGGGCAAAUGUAAAGUUUUACCCUACUAAACUUUUUAAAUACAUGAUUCUCAAUUAUCGAAUGAUUUGUUUUUCUGUAAGCCUUUAACUUACAUGAAAAAAAUAAGUCAUUGUCACUAUGGCAAAUUAAAUUUGAAAAAUAAAACUGUUUAAAAUCCUUUAAGGGAAAGACAUAUAAAGUGAUGAAAUUUAGAAUACAAUGAGAAACUAUGAAAGUAAGAACUCCUUUGAAAGCCACCUAAAAUUUCCUAGCUCUAAAAUGCCCAUAAUUAGAUUCCUAUCAAACAUUGGAAAACUAUUUUUGAAAAGAUAUCACCAUGUAUGUGGAAAAAUUUAUUGCUUGUGCAUUGAUAGAAUCUAAGUUUCAAAGUAUAUUUUAAGUUUAAAAAUAGUUAUGACUGAAUCUAAGUUCCAAAGUGUAUUUUAAGUUUAAAAAUAGUUAUGACUGCAAAUAUUUAUCCGUAAAACUGACACCAAAAACUUGUUUUCAAUCUUGCCUGAACACUCUUGAGUGUUAAUAUAUACUGCACAGAUUGAUAAGUAUUAUUUCCAAUUACCAGGCUUUGUUUAUAAAUUUGAUUUCAGGCUAAAAAUUUUCUGAUUGUCGACAAUUAAUUUAUUCUAUCUGAGCUGGUUUCCUCAUCUUUCAAUAAGAAAUAUCAUACUUAAUUUACAAGAUAAAUCAUUGAACAUGGAAGAAAUAAAGUGCUACAUCUCACUGUCACUGUCACCCCGUUGCUCAUCGAUUUGCUUGAGCGGGCACCGGUAACGUUUCCAUCCUGAGAUUUGUUGUUACUGUGUUUGGCAUAUCGGAUAUGCCACAGGUAGCAUACCAGGCUCUCUGAGAGGGGCGGAGGAAUCCAACCCGGGUCAGCUGCGUGCAAGGCAAACACCCUACCGCUGUGCUAUCGCUUCAACCCACUACAAGAGAAGCUGCAUCUCAUACUCUUUAAAUUCUCCAACUCAAUCAUUUCCUUUUUUUUCUUUUAAGAAUUGAAAGCGCUAUCUAAUGCACUUCUGCCUAUUUUUGUUUUGGGGGGGCAACACCUGGCUAGUGCUCAGUACUUAACUACUGUCUCUGCGCUCUGGGAUCACUCCUGGCUGGAUUUGAGGGAACAUACGGGGUGUCAGGGAUCAACCCUGGGUUAAUAAACUUUACCAAUCAAAUGUACUAUUCUUCCACCCUGACUCUGACCCCAUUUUUUAAACCAUAUUUUCAAAAUCCUAUUUAAUAAUUCAGCAAAAAUACAACCAAUGCUAUUUUAAGAAGGACUGUAUCUUCUGUUGAAUGAUGUGAUUUAAUGUGUUUAUUUUCAGCUCACUAACUUCCUUGGUCAACAGUGAAGAGUUUUUCUUUCAGUAAUACGCAAAUAAAUAAAUGAAAGUAUGCGUGAACUACUGUAGAUUAAAAUCAAAGCUUAAAAUAGCAAGCUUAAAUAUAAAAUUUGAAAAUAUAUUUUCAUAGAAAAUUAAAUUCUCAAUAAUUAGCUUAUUGAUUUACAAAAUAACCAUAUAGGAGCAGGGCAGGCUGGCUAGAGCUACUACUAAGUUAUAAAAAGAUUGGUUAUUAGAAAAUAUUGAUGUUGCUACAAAUAGAAAGCAUUCCUUUUCAAUGUUGGGAUAGUAUGAUUUUAAUUAAUUGCCACGAAAAUGAAGACAAGUCGAUUAUACAUCCGCAGAUUUUUUUUGUUUUACGUUUCAGACUAGUUUUUAAGUUAUAGGAAAACGUGGCAGAGAUUUUGAAAGGGGAAAAAAAAUGCAGAGAUUGCAGAUACUGCAAUUCUUAAGUAAUGUAUCACAAUGGAUGCAGCCAUGUUGAUGUCCACACUUCAUUUAGAUUCCCUUACCUUGACUUAACAUCCCUCGCCAGUUACAAGUGCUGUCAAAAUCCCAUGUUAACAUUCAUUCAUCUCCUCUCCCUAGGGUCCCCUUAGCUGCAGCAACUCUUCUAAACCUUUUGGUUUUGAUGGUUUUAAGGAAGACUGAUCCAGUAGACGUACAAUUUCUCUGAUAUGUUUCCCCGUCAUGAGUUGCUCUCAGUCUUUGAAAGGAACUCCAGAGAGGUCAAGUUCCACCUGCAGCUCAGGAUGAGGUCCCCGUCAUGAUUUCUCACUGUUGGUGUUGACCUCAGUCACCUGGCUGACAUGCCAUUUGUUAGUAUUCUCCAUUGUAACUCAGACAUUUUGACCAGCUACAGGGCAGGUAAAUUGACUGAACAAAACAAUUCUGAGCAGAUUCCUCAGCAACCCUAUUAGGUUCCGUUGAUGGUUACUAAUAGCUGACUGUAAAGAAAUGCAGUAAACUAAAAAGUGAAAUGGGAAAAUUAAGGUCAAAAAUGGUGUUCCCUAAAUUAAAUGACAUGAAAGUGAAUUUCUUUCCCUGGGACAACCUAUAAAAUUAUCUUAGCCCUAUUUAUCCUUUGGGCAGUAAGGGAACUUACAUAGAUAAUUAUUUUGCUGCGUGCUUUUCUAUAUUGCCUUCCACUUAACAAUGAACACAGAAUAUUGAAGUGAUGUAAAAGACUUGAUUUAUCUUCCCUGCUUUAUUAUUUGAUAUAUAUGUUUCUUAUGUAUGGUUUUAACAUGUUUGCUAAAUUUUCAAAAGAACAUCAGUGUAUUUGUUUCUGUAAAUUUUAUCUUACUGAAUGAGUGUACUUUUUAAAUUAUGUUGGUCAUUGUACCUAAUCUAUACCCAAACUUUGGAAUCCACUAAUAUUUAGUAGUGGACCCUGGCGACGUUUUGAAAGCAUGAAUACAAUUUAAGAGUCACUUUGCUUAUUUUGUGAUGCAAGUAUAAUUGUAGGUUCUUAUAAAUUGGAUAAUCCAGAUUAUUAUUUCUCUAAAUUGUUUUGGGUUUUUAUUUCCUCUUCCUGAAAUCUAGUUUACAUUUUACAUGUGUACAAUAAGAUUUCCUAAAAGUGCUAGAAUUUUUGACAUGUAAUAAAAUUUGAGCAUGAUGGUAUUGUAACUAAAUUAGAAGUCUCAAAUUAAGUAUAUUUGAGUUUUCGAAGUAAAUCAAAUUACAACUGUUUCUUCUUACUAUAUUGUGGAAACCUGAAUAUUAUUGUAAAAUAAUAUUGUAAAAUUCACAUGCAUUGCAGUGACUUGAAAAUGUUUUGAAUUAAUAAAGAAUUCACCAAUAUAUCCUUAGACAA